UCUCACGGAUAUAAGAUGUUUGCACCGGUUCUCUGUCGUUCAGCGAAUAUAUAUCUUGCUGCGUCCAGUCGUUUGUGUACCCACUGUGCUUUACACCAUGAUGCUGGCUGUGUUACUAGCGGUUGCGGCCGUGGCAAGCGCAACGCCCACUAUUCCGAGGGCGGCGCAAGCCAUGUACAACCCUAAGCUCUUCCAAGGCGACAUAAUGGGGAUCGCCGGCCAGGAACCAGGGCAUGAGCGAGCUGCGAUUCUCGGAGACGACUACCUGUGGUCGGGUGGCGUCGUGCCCUACAUAUUCGGACCGUCGGUUGAUUCCUACCAGAAGAGCGUGAUCCUGGCGGGGAUGUCAGAUUUCCACGACCGAACCUGCAUCCGCUUCGUAGAGCGAACCACCGAAGCAAAUUACCUCGAGAUCGUCACCAAUGACAGCGGGUGCUGGUCAUACGUGGGUACCAUCGGAGGCAUGCAAAGGCUUUCCCUGGACACCUACGGUUGCAUCUACAAGGGCACGGCUAUCCACGAGCUCAUGCACGCCAUUGGCUUCUACCACGAGCACUGUCGCAACGACCGUGAUGAUUACGUCACAAUCCACUACGAGAAUGUUCAAGAAGGAUAUGCAUAUGCCUUCGACAAGGACACGUACUGGCGCUACGUCGGCGAAGACUACAACUACGCCAGCAUCAUGCACUACGGCACUUACGCUUUCUCCGUCAACUGGGGCAUCGCCGAAACCAUCGUACCCACGGACCCCAACGUGAUUCUCGUGGAGGCAUACGACAAGGACCACAUGGAGCAGAGUGACGCCAACCAGAUCAACAACUUGUACGCCAGCGAGUGCGCGCGCAGGAAGUAAGGCGGGUUGUUGGAAGGUAGUCUGAAAUAUAUAAUUUUUACUAUCUCUCUCUC